CGCCCUGCCCAGCCUGCAGCCCGGCUCGGCGCUCAGUCAGUCUCAGGCUGGCAGGCCCGGGGGGCUGGUGCUGGUGGUUCGCGCUCCCUCCUGAGUAGGCCGAGGUCCCAGGCUCGGGGGGUCCCCCAGCCCCUCCCUCCCAGCCCCCCAGCGUCACCCCCCCAGCCCCCGAGCUGGACCGGACACCUUGGGACACGGUGUUCCACUUCCUGAGGACCAGCCCCCGCCUGGACGAGCGGUCGGAGGAGGUGGGCGCGGGACCCUUGGCCCGGACGGCGGCGGCGGCGGCGGGCCCCGGGCAGGCGGCCGAGGGCGCCAUGGCCGAGGAGCAGGACCUGUCGGAGGUGGAGCUGAGCCCCGUGGGCUCCGAGGAGCCGCGCGGCCUGUCCCCGGGGGGCGCGUCCGCGCUGGGCCCCGACGGCGGCGGCGGCGGCGGCGGCGCGGGUCUGCGCGCCAGCCCGGGCCCCGGCGAGCUGGGCAAGGUCAAGAAGGAGCAGCAGGACGGCGGCGAGGCGGACGACGACAAGUUCCCCGUGUGCAUCCGCGAGGCCGUCAGCCAGGUGCUGAGCGGCUACGACUGGACGCUGGUGCCCAUGCCCGUGCGCGUCAACGGCGCCAGCAAGAGCAAGCCGCACGUCAAGCGGCCCAUGAACGCCUUCAUGGUGUGGGCGCAGGCGGCGCGCCGCAAGCUGGCCGACCAGUACCCGCACCUGCACAACGCCGAGCUCAGCAAGACGCUGGGCAAGCUCUGGAGGCUGCUGAACGAGAGUGACAAGCGCCCGUUCAUCGAGGAGGCCGAGCGCCUGCGCAUGCAGCACAAGAAGGACCACCCCGACUACAAGUACCAGCCGCGGCGCCGCAAGAACGGGAAGGCGGCCCAGGGCGAGGCCGAGUGCCCGGGCGCCGACGCCGAGCAGGGCACGGCCACCAUCCAGGCGCACUACAAGAGCGCCCACCUGGACCCCCGGCACCCCGGGGAGGGCUCCCCGCUGUCAGACGGGAACCCCGAGCACCCCUCAGGCCAGAGCCACGGCCCCCCCCACCCCUCCGACCACCCCGAAGACGGAGCUGCAGCCGGGCCGGGACGCCAAGCGGGACGGGCGCUCGCUGGGGGAGGGCGGGAAGCCCCACAUCGACUUCGGCAACGUGGACAUCGGCGAGAUCAGCCACGAGGUCAUGUCCAACAUGGAGACCUUCGACGUGGCCGAGUUGGACCAGUACCUGCCGCCCAACGGGCACCCGGGCCACGUGGGCAGCUACUCGGCCGGCUACGGGCUGGGCAGCGCCCUGGCGGUGGCCAGCGGACACUCGGCCUGGGUCUCCAAGCCGCCCGGCGUGGCUCUGCCGGCCGUGUCGCCGCCCGGCGUGGACGCCAAGGCCCAGGUGAAGACGGAGACGGCGGGGCCGCAGGCCCACUACGAGCAGCCGUCCACCUCGCAGAUCGCCUACUCCUCGCUUAGCCUGCCCCACUACGGCUCGGCCUUCCCGCCCCUCUCCCGCCCGCAGUUCGACUACGCCGACCACCAGCCCUCGGGACCCUACUACGGCCACUCGGGCCAGGCUCCCGGCCUCUACUCGGCCUUCUCCUACAUGGGGCCGUCGCA